AUGAACCCGCCCCAGUUUGAAAUGUAUUACGACUCAUCCGCCAAUCGCUCGCCCACAUCUCAGCGACAAGCCACCCUACGCCGCCAGCAGUCCCGCAACCACUUCGACGCCCACGCCUACCUCCCCUCCGGCCUCUACACCGCCGAAGACUAUGCCGCUUCGAGAUUCGAUGCUAAUAAGUUCGCGGGAGACGGCAGGAACAGCACAAUCGGAGGCUAUGGCAACACCUACGACAUGGGCGGGCAGUCGUGGAAUGGAGGCACAUUCGGCAACCACAAUAACAACACCCUGAAUGGCUUGGGUGCCCCGGGCUUGCGCAAGCCGGCAUCGCGAGGAGCUCGAGCCGGUCUGCCAUCGGCUUGGAUGGACCAACCGAACCAUAUGCAAAUGAACCACAUGAACGGCUUCAUGGGCCCGCCCGGCAUGAAUGGCAUGAUGCGUGAUGAUAUGAUGAGCUCCGAGCCCGACGACGAGCUCAUUCCCACCGCCAUCGUGAUCAAGAACAUCCCUUUCGCCAUCAAGAAGGAGCAGCUCGUGGACAUCAUGACCAAUCAAGGCUUGCCUCUUCCCUACGCCUUCAACUACCACUUCGACAACGGCGUCUUCCGCGGCCUGGCCUUUGCCAAUUUCACCAACCCUGACGAGACGGCCGCCGUCAUCCAAGCCAUGAAUCAUUUCGAACUCAACGGGCGUAAGCUGCGCGUCGAGUACAAGAAAAUGCUUCCUGCCGCCGAGCGGGAGAGGAUUGAGCGCGAGAAGCGGGAGCGACGCGGCCAGCUCGAAGAGCAACACCGACCCAUGGGCCUCCCCGCAACCCUUCAGACGCAGCCCUCCUCUUCUUCGCUGACGUCCUCUCGCAUGCUGGCCAAUUCCCCGUCGCCCGUCUCAGGGCGGAACAUGAGCCUGCAACCGGGACCGGGGUUUGCACCGGCCCCGGCGGAUCAACAGCUCAUUGCUUCAGAAAUGGACCUCAAUGACCCUCAGACGCUCGAGUACUACAACAAGCUGCUCUUGUUCAAGCACGACCCCACGCGGGACCGCUACCCAUUCCCAGCCACUUUGGCGCCUCCCGAGCGCCGCAUUGUUCACACCGUGGCCCAUCACCUCGGUCUUGCUCACAUGUCAAAGGGCGAAAGCCAUCAACGCGCCGUCCAUGUGUACAAAGAGCCCGGUGGCCGUCGUGUCAGCCCGCCUAUGUCACAGGCCUCGAACCUCCGGUACGAUGAACGGCGCGCGCUAAACCGCUCCGCCACCACCGAUUUCUCCGAUGUUCGUGCUGGUGAGAACUUCUACAACGGCCCCCGACACCAGGCUUCCGGGUAUUUGGGAGCGUACAACGAGCCCCCUGCGGGCAGUCUGGGCCCGAACAGCAAUCUUCGAGCCGCCAAGUCGUUUGCUGAUCUCAGAUCCUACACGCCAUCGCCCGUACCUUCAACCGCCAGCUUCCCGACGGCGCUUCGCAACAACGUAGCCAGUCUGCAGGAUCUCGGCAGAGAGGGUCAGCAAGCCAACCCGCCUACACUCAUGACGCCGACGCCUGGCCUUCACGAACGUGGGGAAAAUCAGAUCAUCAACGGCCUCGGCAGCAUGAAUCUGGGUGGCGGCUUCGGCGGCAGCCCGAACCGUCUGCGAGGCCUACCCUCUUGGGAUCGCGAGACUCCGGCUCCGGCUCCCAUUGGCAGCAAUCGUUCCGUCAGCACCAACUUCGAGAACGGCUCGCAGUCUCGCGGCGCCGGGGGUCCGGAGCGUCAACCUCGCGGACCACUCCCCGAGCGCGGGGCCGGCUUUCCACGCAAUCGCCAAAACGGGCACAUGGCGCGGAACAGUGAUGAGCUGUCGCAGCAAAGCAGCGCUGCCGAGAUUACGACGGACUAG